GCGUUCUUCCAAGCUGUCUGCCAAGACUCUCCUCAAUCCCGGUCUCCAAACUCAACUAAACCAUGCCUACGAAGCAAGCACCUACCAGACAGGCUAUUACCCUGAAAGGUUCGACAAACCUAGUGACAGAGUUCUUCAAAUAUGCCGUUAACACGAUACUGUUCCAGCGAGGAGUCUACCCUUCCGAUGACUUCCAUAUGGUGAAGAAGUACGGGCAGACUGUGCUUAUUACGCAGGACCUUGCAUUGGAAAAUUACCUUGACAAGAUCCUGAAGCAAGUAAACAAGUGGCUUUUGACGGGAUCUGUGACCCAGCUGGUCCUCGCGAUCAUCUCCAAGGACACCAGGAUAACAUUGGAGCGCUGGGUAUUCGAUGUCAACCUCGUCGAGCAAGAGCAGGACACAGCGGAGCCGAGGCAGCCAAAGCCCGAGUCCGAGAUUCAAGCUGAAAUACGCUAUAUCCUCAAACAGAUUGUCUCUACGGUGACGUUCCUGCCGAUUAUGGACGAGCCAACCGUCUUCAAUAUACUGGCGUACACUUCCGAGUCAGCAGAUAUCCCAGCAGAUGAAUGGGUGGACACCGACCCUCUCGCCAUCGAGGCGAGCAAGAGUCAGCAAGUGAAGCUUAGAAGCUUCAGUACCGAUGUACACCGGAUUGAGGCCAUGGUGGCCUACCGCUACGAGGGAUGAUCUAUUCGGGGUGUAUGUGCUCGGGCAUUCGGGGGUUUCUCUCUAAUAUUAGGCAUUUCCCAAUCCAUCAUUUGGAAUACCUUGUCCAUUGCUCGGGUCGAUAUGCCAUCGGGAUGUCUGCAGUGGACGUGUGAC